AAGUAGUAGCAGCAGCAGACAUUGCGAGCUGAAUCGUGUGUAGAAAGAAUCAACGUUGACAAGAAAAAGAGAUAUAGAGAGAGAGAGAGAGAGAGUAACGACAACAAAUUAAUGCAGGCAAAGUAGCUUGGAGUUUGAGGAGUUAGCAAAUCAAAGGUGUAUUGACGACGGCUAGAAGCCGAAGGACGUGGUGCUGCCCGCAGCUGCGUAGAGUAGUAAGGCGCCGCGCGAGUAGCAUCACCACGACUACCACCACGGCGACGACGUGUCAUCCGCGGUCUGCAACGGCAGCGGCGAGAAGGCAAAGUGAGCCAGUGGCUGCCGCGACGAGAAUGAGUGGUGCUUCAGCUGCUGUUGCUUCAGCUGACAAAAAAGGAUGGCUAUUCAAGUGGACCAACUACAUCAAGGGUUAUCAACGUAGGUGGUUCGUUCUGUCGAAUGGCCUCCUCUCCUAUUACAGGGCUGAAUCAACUCAUGGGGGGGCCAAGAUAUCGUCACGACGCAAGCGGAAGGCUGGCAGAGCCUCCGAGAACCCAAGCGAGAUAUCACACACUUGUCGUGGCACGAUAUCCUUGCACGGUGCCAUAAUACACGCGGUGGACGCGUGUACGUUCGUGGUGAGCAAUGGCGGCACCCAGACAUUCCACAUCAAGGCCGCGACCGAGAAGGAGCGACAGGAAUGGGUUUGGGCCUUGGAGCUCGCCAAAGCCAAGGCCAUCCAAACAUCGGAAGAAGAAGAGGAGAACGACAAUCAGAUGGGUGACAACAUGACGUCGAUCAAGGAGUUGACUGACCGCUUAAAGAAGCUGCAGAAAUUGAACGAUCUGCUGACCAAGCAUAACACCACGCUGCAACACUCCGUCACUGAUCUUGAAUCUUGCGAAGCGCUCGUUCCCGAACUCGCUGCCAAGAUCAAGACCGUCAACGAGAAAUUCACGCAGUUCAUAAAUACUGCCAAUUCUAUGGUCAAAUCGAGUUACGAGUAUCUGCAAUUAGCGCAGCAGCAAGAGCCCAAAUGGAAGAAAAUGCUGCAGCACGAGCGCGACCAAAAGGUUCGCAUCGAGGAGAUGUUCGAGGAACUGGCGCGUCAACAUUCGCACCUCGAGGAGGAAGCUCGACACGCUCGACCACCGUCCACUGCGCAGGAACACAGACCACCUCACGCAGCAGUGAACGCGUCGCCGAGCGAGGACGACGAGGAUAACGCCGAAUUUUACGAUGCUCAAGAGUCGGACACGUUCACACUGAGCGUGCCAGGCGAAGAAGCAGACGAUCGCGGCGUGGCAGGUUUACGCGAACGUACCGACUCGCAAGGCAGCGACGAUGGCUCCAGUUCCGAGGGCGAUCCUACUCCAGUGGUGAGGGGACAAAGCGACUAUCUCAUCGUGAUCGAUGGGACGACUGAUUUUCCGCAAAAGCUGCAGUCCUUACAAGUUACCGAGGUCGACAGUACGGCUUGGCAAUCAAACAAUGGGAGCAGUAGCGGCGGCGUCACCGGGGUGAUUCGUAAGCGUAGGACGCGAGUGCCCGACAAGCCCAACUACCCGCUGAACUUAUGGAGUAUCAUGAAAAAUUGCAUCGGCAAGGAGCUGUCCAAGAUACCGAUGCCAGUCAACUUUUCCGAGCCACUUAGUAUGUUGCAGCGACUCACCGAGGAUUACGAGUACGCUGAGAUUCUCGACAGGGCAGCGGAAUGUACAGAUAGCUACGAACAAAUGGCCUACGUGGCAGCGUUCACCGUGUCGGCGUACUCGACCACUGCAACGCGCACGGGUAAACCCUUUAACCCGUUGCUCGGCGAGACCUACGAGUGCGAUCGCACGGACGAUCUUGGCUGGCGCGCGAUAUCUGAGCAAGUGUCGCAUCAUCCGCCUAUGGUUGCUCAAUUCUGCGAGGGACGUAAGUGGCGAUGCUGGCAGGAAUUCACUAUGGCAUCGAAAUUCCGCGGAAAGUAUUUGCAGGUGGUACCAUUGGGAACCGCCCACUUGGAAUUCAGUUCAGGUAACCAUCAUUAUACGUGGCGCAAGGUGACAACAACGGUGCACAAUAUCAUUGUGGGCAAGCUAUGGGUCGAUCAGAGUGGCGAGAUGGAUAUCGUUAACCACAAGCAAGGAAUAAAGUGUCAUCUUAAGUACAUACCCUAUUCUUACUUCUCGCGCGACAGUCAGCGCAAGGUUAAGGGAGUCGUUAUGAACUCCAACAAAGAGGUCAAGUGGGUGGUGCAAGGCAACUGGGAUGCUAAAAUUGAAGUCGCACCCGUUAUCAGCACCUCUGGAACACCUGACAAUCCUGUCUACAAGACUGGCCCUUAUACUCUUGUAUGGAAACGACGUAUGCCCCCUGAAGACAAUGAGAAAUACUACAAUUUUACGACAUUAGCCUGUCAGCUGAAUGAACCCGAGGAUGGUAUAGCUCCAACGGAUUCACGUUUACGACCGGAUCAGAGAUUGAUGGAGAAUGGCUUGUGGGACGAAGCUAAUGUAGAAAAAUUACGUCUUGAAGAGAAACAACGAGUAGCGAGGCGAGCAAGAGAAGCCGAGGCCGAAAAAGCUGCAGCUCAAGGAUUGCCUUACGCAGCGUACGAGCCAGUGUGGUUUAAGAAGCAAGAAGACCAAUACACAGACAGUUUGUGCCACAUAUAUAAUGGCGAGUAUUGGAAUUGUAAGAGUAAACAGGACUGGACGAGAUGUCCGCAAAUUUUUUAGUUAGCGUAGUUUUGUGAAUAACUAGAACUCGUUAAAAAACUGAAAAAAGUUUGUUAAAUAUACACUUUAACUUUCAAUCAAAGGCAAGUCAAUAAGGGCUAAUUCUUCCAAAGUCUGUAUAAAAGAAAAAUCGAUAAAAUGAGUGGAGAAUGAAUACUUUAACGCGGAGACUUCAAUUGAUUUUUAUUUUCAUUUUAUAUAAUAAUGAUUCUCCACUUUGCCUAGAUGUUUUUUUGUCAAGAUUCGUCUUUUUUUAUCUUUUGUCUUAUAACGUUUAAUAAUCUAGUGGUUUUUACUUUUGAUGCCUACUUUUGAUCAGAUUGACGCUGAAAUAUUACUUUUAUAUACUCUGCACUUGUUGAUUUCUGUAUUUAAUUGCGAUAUUAAGUUACUAUCGAACGUUUUAAUGCGAAGACUAAAAUUUGUACAUAACAAAAUCAACAAAUGAAGAGUGGAACGAUGAACUUUUAUCACUGCGAUUAAUUGUACAGGAUUAAUCAUAAAUAAAAAUAAGAGCCUUUAUGAAUAAUUAGCGUUCGAUGUUUAAAACCGCGCGAGCCACAAUACAGCUUUGCUAUUAAAAUCAGAAAACAAUAAACUUUAACUUUUCUUUAGAAAGAUUUUUUUGUGCCACUUAAAAGGAGUCAUGUGUUGGUGUACUUUUUUUCAAGUUAUAGAUUUUCGUCUGACUCUGGAAAAAUAACUUUAUUCAAAUUACAUUUUGACGAAUGUCUUGAAAAGCAUAUUUUAAGCAGAUCUAGAUUUGUUGCAAGAAACAUACAAAAAAUAAAUAGCACCGCACAAAUUUUUUUACGUAUGUUUUCUCUUUGUAAAUGAUUUCUUUUUCGUAUUUACUGGUGAAUCAACUUUGCUUUAUAUUUGUAAUCUAGUCUUUUUAUACAAGUAUUUCAUUUCUACUGCAAAAGUCAGAGUCUUUCCAUUCUUACUCCAAGAAAAGGUUGGAUAAGUUUAUUAAAAUUACUUGAAAUGAUUAAAACUACUAAAUGGUAAAUGAGCUUCCAAAACUCUUUUGCGUAGUAAAGCUGUUUGAGCUUUAUAAUAAAUUACUGAAGAUUCUUUCUUGUCCAUGUAUUAAUAAUAUUUGUUAAUUCAUUAUACAUAUUAAAAGAUCUUGCUAUUUAUAAAAAUGUGAGAUAUUAAUAUAAAAUAAAAAAGUAAACACGUACGUUAAUAUUAUUAUGUAAUAAAUAAAUACAUUGUAUUUUGAGAAAUUUAUAACUAUACAGAUUGUUUCGCUGAACUACAGGUGACGCUGACGACGUAGUUUUAAAAAUGAUAAGGCAAUCUUGGCGAAAGUUUUUUUUUCAGAGGACCGAACUAUGCACAUUAAUGGAAUAAUUGUUGUUGGACGAAACAAUCUAUUUAAAAAAUACACCAACUGUUAUACAUUAUAUCCCGGGCUGUAUUAUAAUUUUAAUAGUUGAUAAGAAUUAAAAAUUUAUAACUACAUACGUGCUAUAGGUAUGAAAUUAUUAUAUAUAAUAUACUAAAUAAUAAAAUAAUUUGAAAAAUAUCAUUUGUGGGAAUAUAGAAAGCAAGGUUGCAACAAAAAAGUUUUUUUGAUUAUAUUAUAAAAAAGAACAAAAACAAAGCGAGCGCUUGUACAUUAUCUAGCUGUAUGAUACGUUGAGAUGUAUUUCUACUGCAAUGCGAAUGGCGCAUUCAGCGAGUGGUGCUUGAAGAAUAAUAAAGGAAAACAAAUACAUUAAUAAUAAUAACAGUUCGCAGCGACCAGGGAACUCUUAUUCAGAACAUUGCUGGAUUACGAUGUUUGCGCGCAGAGGAUCAAAACAAUAAUGCUGUACGUAUAUUUAGGGAAGCAAAUGCUGCGUCGAGUUCCUAUACGAAAAAUCGUAUCCAUUGGUCUGUAGUGCCUGUCAUUUUAUAUUAACGAGAUAACAAGCUUAAUGACAGAUAUUCAAUGAAAAAUAACAAAAAAAAAUAAUUAAGUAAAUAAUUAUCAUUUAUUGAAAAACACUGUAAGUAUUGUAAUAUAUCCAUUGAUUUUCCAAGAUGUAAACGAUGUGUGUGAUAGAGUGACUGUGUGCGAGACAAAAUUUUUAAUUUAGCGAAAAAAUUAUCUACGAGGUGUGUUAUUUAUUAAAGGUUAAAUGAAAAUAUUGUUUAUUAGAUCAUUAAACUUAACUUUUAAUAUUACAUUUAUGGCGAUAAUGAGAAUAAUACGACCAUUCGAGUGAGUUAGUUUGUAUAGGAUCAAAUGGAGAUUGUAUGCUGAAAAUAAAGAUUUCAAAUCGUCGAAUUGAACAUCAUUCGUUUCUUCU